AUGGAAACUGAAUCUUCGACAGAGAGAAAAUCAAUUUUAUCAAAUCAAAUAGCACGACCAUUACUUGAAGAAUUUUUUCUAAGUCAUCCAGCAAUAAGAAAUACACGACGUAAAACUCUUCUUCUCCUAACUAUUGAAUUGGGUAUAAUGGUGAUCUAUCUUAUUCUACAAAUGGUUAUGCUUUUUUUCACUCGUACCGAUCCACAUAAAAUGUAUAACAGUACAUUAAUAGAAUUGUUUCUUACUAUUAUUUCAAUUGUUCAUAUUAUUGCUUUUAUUAUUGUUGUUAUUGAAUAUUUUCCAACUGCUAUUUUAAUUUUCGCUUAUUUGACUUUAAUACAAUUAAUUGGUGGUUUUCUUCUACUUGUUUUGGCAAUAAUGACAACGGUUGUUAGUUUAACUAUAAUACAUACUGUUGGUUUUGGAAUUCUUCUCGAUCUUGCUUAUAUUCUUAUAGCUAUUUCAAUGAUUGGUUUAUCAGUUUAUAUUGCUGUUUAUUCAUUAACUUUAUUAAAAUUGAACAAAACAUAA